UCCAAACUCCAUCUUCAAUCUCUUCCCCUCUAUAUCUUGUGCAACUGCAAAUCUUCAUUUGCAUGCUGGAAUCUAGAUAUCUUUUGAAAUUUUAAUAAAAAUGGCACCAGGAAUGUCAGCUGUUCCGGUUAACAGAAACGGAGUGGAAUUUGAAGCAAAGAUUACACCUAUUGUUAUCAUUUCCUGUAUUAUGGCUGCUACUGGUGGUUUGAUGUUCGGCUACGACGUCGGAGUUUCUGGGGGUGUGACGGCAAUGGACGACUUCUUGAAAAAGUUCUUUCCGGUGGUAUAUCGCCAAACUAAAAACGCAGGAGGAGUUAACAGCAACUACUGCAAAUAUGAUAACCAAGGACUCCAACUAUUCACAUCUUCUUUGUAUCUAGCCGGUUUAACCUCUACGUUUUUCGCAUCUUACACAACGAGGACACUCGGGCGGAGACUUACCAUGCUCAUUGCCGGUGUGUUUUUCAUACUUGGGGUUAUACUAAAUGCAGGUGCUCAAAAUCUUGCUAUGCUCAUUGUUGGGAGGAUCUUACUUGGUUGUGGUGUUGGGUUUGCUAACCAGGCAGUCCCAUUGUUUCUGUCAGAAAUCGCCCCAACGAGAAUACGUGGAGCGUUGAACAUAUUGUUUCAGCUUAAUGUUACCAUCGGAAUUCUCUUUGCAAACCUUGUCAAUUACGGAACCGCAAAGAUUAAAGGUGGAUAUGGCUGGAGAAUUUCAUUGGGUUUGGCAGGUAUUCCAGCACUAAUGCUGACUAUAGGAUCCAUAUUAGUUACUGACACACCAAACAGUCUCAUCGAGCGAGGUCACCUCGAACAAGGAAAGAUUGUACUCAAGAAGAUCCGAGGCACUGAGAAUGUUGAGCCAGAAUUCUUGGAACUCGUCGAAGCAAGUAGGAUCUCUCAGGAGAUUAAACAUCCGUUCCGGAACUUGUUAAAGCGCAGAAACCGCCCCCAGUUGAUUAUUGCCAUUUCACUACAGAUAUUCCAGCAAUUCACUGGCAUCAACGCGAUUAUGUUCUACGCUCCCGUGCUUUUUAGCACACUUGGAUUCAAGAAUGAUGCAUCACUAUACUCGGCAGUUAUCACAGGAGCUGUGAAUGUACUUUCUACUAUUGUCUCCAUCUACUCAGUCGACAAAGUCGGAAGGCGUGCUCUCUUACUAGAAGCUGGAGUUCAAAUGUUCUUCUCCCAAGCAGUAGUUGCAAUUGUAUUGGGAUUGAAAGUCACAGACCAUUCUGACAAUCUAGGAAAAGGUUUUGGAAUUCUGGUGGUUGUGAUGGUGUGCACAUUUGUUUCGGCAUUUGCAUGGUCAUGGGGUCCUUUAGGCUGGCUCAUCCCAAGUGAAACUUUUCCUCUGGAAACAAGAUCAGCUGGACAAAGUAUUACAGUUUGUGUAAAUUUGUUGUUCACAUUUGUGAUCGCUCAAGCUUUCCUCUCGAUGCUUUGUCAUCUCAAGUACGGUAUCUUCGCGUUCUUCUCCGCAUGGGUUCUGGUUAUGUCGCUGUUCGUGUUUUUUUUGCUUCCAGAAACUAAGAAUAUACCAAUUGAAGAAAUGACUGAACGGGUUUGGAAGCGUCACUGGUUAUGGAAAAGAUUCAUGGACGAUGACAGCGAAUACCACAAUGGUACACAUGAGGGUGGGAAGAACGUCUAUGAUCCAUCCUCAAGGUUGUAAAUCAACGGCUGAUUCUCCUGUGUAUUUUUACUGCAAAGUUAUUACUCGACUAAUAUGUUUAUCAUUUUCUGAUUUUCUUUUUCUUCAGUGUCCUACAUGUAACUGAAAGAAAAAUGGUCUAUUACAAGUGGUUGUGUGUUGUCCCAAAGCCCUUUUAACAGGGAAACCUGCAAUGUAACACCAAUUGAGAUAACGCGGAAUGAAACGAAAACUAAAAUUUGAUA